AUGACGGAUGAAAAUUACGUUUCCGGGUAUCCCCCACCUCCGUACUACUAUAAAGAAUAUCAAAGUGUCGAUAUUAAGAAACUCAUGGAAAUGAGUAAUUUUAAAUCUACUGAUGAAAAAUCGUUUUUAGAACACAUGAAAAAUUCAUAUGACGUUAUAUACGACGUCGAUACAAAUACAUAUAUAAAAAAUAUAGAAAGUAUUGAUAAUAUAAAAAAUUGUAAUUUUAUAAUGGGAAGACCACCACCAUUACCAUUAAGAAGCAGCUAUAAUGUUUUUGGUAUGGAAUAUGAAUUACAAAGAAAUAUCGAAGAAUUAGAUUCUGAUGAAAUAUUAUAUGAUGAAAAAAAAAACCUAAAGGAAGAGUUUAUUAGAUUAUAUAAAAUAUAUAAAGAAACCUUUUUUUUUUUAUUUGAUGAUAUUGUUAAUAAUAGAAAAGAUGAUAAAUCAAAAAUUAAACACCUAACCAAAAUUCAUGUUAAUUUAUUCCAUAUAUUAGCAAAAUUAAGACACUACCAAACAAUUAAUAAUAUUAUUAAUGUUCUUAAAAUACAACUGAAAAAAAGACAAAUAGCUAUUGAUAAAAUGAAAAUAAGUCUCCUCAAUGUAUAUCAAUAUAUAAAUUUUGUACAAACAAAUUAUGCAAAUAACAAAAUGAUUAAAAAUGAAGAGAACCAGGAAAAAAUAAACAAAAAAAAAUAG